CAUCAUUAUUGCUUGGUCAUUCCGCACCUGGGAAUUGGGUAAUAAGCCACCCGCUUACGAAGGACCUCGAGUCGUUCAAUCGAGACACACAAAUGCCCCGAUCGAAAAUAUAUCACCGAGCAUGCCCGCGACCAGUCGUCGAGACCUCCUCUCUGCCGCCCAGGCAUUUUGCAACGCUUUCGCUGAACAAAAACCUCCCGAAGACAUCUUCAGCCAUUUCUCGUCCUCGGAUGAUGUUCUAGCCCUCGAGCAUGGCUUGCCACAGCUAGCGCCCUUUCUAGGCAGAGAUUUCCGGGGUCAAGAUGGUAUUCGAGAGUACUUUCAGCUCCUCUCUGAGACCCUGAAUUAUGAAAACAUGCGCUUCAGCAAUUUCGUGGUCGACCAAGAAGUGUCAAAGGUAUCAUGUCGCGGAGAGGCGAGGUUCGUCUGGGCUGCCACUGGCCAAGGCUGGGAUGAAGUCUUCACCUAUGUCCUCGAAUUUGACGAGCACAACAAGGUCAAGGUAUACGAGAUCUGGGCAGACACCGGCGCUGUCUACCUAGCUAGCAGAGCCGAACUAAAGCAAUAAAAAGAGAAUGUGUGGUGUGUGAAAAUAAUAUUGUACUCAUAAUCAUCUGGGCCCUAACUGGGGAUCAAGCCCUUCGCAGUAUCAAAUCGUCAUCGUCAAAAUCAUCUCAUCCUUGGGUCCAAAACAAAUCGUACAUCGACAAGCAUCUCCUUAUCAUCCUCGUCGAAUUUCA